CCAAAGUGCUUUCUGGUUCUCUGCUCUUUCCCCCUAGGAAUCCUUUUCAGUCAAGGAGAGAGGUGGAAGCACAUGCGGCGCUUCUCCCUCCUGACCCUGAGGAACUUUGGAAUGGGGAAGAGGAGCAUCGAGGAGAGGAUCCAGGAGGAAGCCCGGUGCCUUGUGGAGGAGCUCCGGAAAACAAAGGCCCAGCCCUUUGACCCCUCCUUCAUCUUCUCCUGUGCUCCGUGUAAUGUGAUCUGCUCCGUCCUCUUCAACGAGCGUUUCCAGUACACUGAUGAGAGGUUCCUGUACCUGAUGAAUUUGCUAAAUGAAAAUUCCAGGCGCCUCAACUCUCGAUCGAACCAGGUGAGGCUGAGACGGUCUCUGCACUUGGGGUUCUCUUCCUGA